ACACCGAGAUGAGACACCUGAGCAUUUCAGUGAGGUUAUGAGUUAUGACUAUUGAUGUAAACAAUCAUAAAUAAUGAAGACCGAAAUGUACAACGAAAUUAUGAUGACAAUUCGUAAUUUUCGAGGCCUGUCGAGAGAAUGUGCGAAAAUGUUAAAGGAGAAAUUUAAUGACAUCCAUCCAAACACAUUAUAUAGCAUCUUGUCUUUAGAAAUACAACAGAAAAUGAAAAACAAUCAUGUCAGACUGUUUGGAAAUAACAAAAAUUAUUAUGACAGUUACUUGGAAGCAGUGCAGAAUGGAGAGCCAGUAGGCAUUCUGCUAAGAAUAGCAAAAGAUAUCGAUGCUGCACCAGCUUUAUUAGCCCGUAAUAUUUUAGAAAAAUAUUGUAUGCGUGACAAUGCAAAUGUUUCAAAAAAUCUAAUUUCCAAGCUGUUUAAGGAUACUACACUGAUUGAUGAUAAGAAUCUUGCAUAUGAAAUUUAUUUGUGUACAUUAUACGAUGAUUUAUAUGGACCAAUAGCUGAUGCAAUGGGAAUAUGUAUAGGACAAGAAAAUGAAAUCAAACUUCAAGAUUGUUUAAUACAAAGAAAUAUUGCAUUUCGUAACGAAGAGCACUUAAGAUUACGAGGCUAUGACAAGACUCCAGAUUUUAAAUUGGAAGUACCGAUUGCAGUGAAUGGUUAUGUAAUAAACUGGAUUGAAUCAAAGGCACGAUUUGGUAAUAUAGAUGUUCAUCAAAAAUAUAUGAAGGAACAAUUCUUGAGCUAUUGGAACAGAUUUGGAUUCGGGCUUGUCAUUUACUGGUUUGGAUUCCUUGACUGUCUCACUAAAUCAACUGAGAAAAAGUUCAUUAUAAUGGAUCAUUUUCCUGAAAAUAUUACAUACAUGGACCCGGCUUGUAUCAAAUCUACAAAUAGUACGUGAUUAUAA